AUGGCCGUAGCCAUUCCUGCUCUUCUCUCAAGCUUAUCUUCCACACAAAAAACAACCAAAAAUGAAGUCUUUAAUCAAACCACCCGAGGAUCAAACUGCGCCAUCACCUUGUUGAGAUCCUGCUCAAACCUCAGAGAAUUCGCACCGAUCCACGCCCGAUUAAUCACCACAAACCUCAUCCGUGACCCCUCCACGGCGAGCCACGCUCUCUGGUUCUUCAUCACCAUCGAACAUUCUCAUCAUGCUCAUCAAAUUUUCAGCCAAACCCACGAGACAGAGACCGUUAUUUGUAACACCCUUAUGGAAAACAAGCUCCGAAAUGGAGCUUUUAGAGAUGUACUUGUAACUUACUGUUAUAUGGUCAGUGAAGGAGUGCCUUUGGAUGCAUCCACUUUCCACUUCUUGAUUCAUGCUUGUUCGAGGCUUUUGGCCUUUCGACACGGGACAGAGAUCCAUGGACGGAUUUUGAAAAAUGGGUUGGGGGACAAUAGGUCCCUGGUUAACAAUUUGAUGGGAUUGUAUUCGAAAUGUGGGAAGGUGGAUGAAGUGCGGCAGCUGUUUGAGGUAUUGCCUGAGAGAGAUGUGGUUAGUUGGAAUACGAUGAUAUCGUGCAAUGUGCGCAUGGGAAUGUGUUGUGAGGCUUUGAGUUUGUUUCAGGAAAUGCAGGCUGAUGGGGUCAAACCCGAUGGGAUUACGAUGCUUAGCUUAGUUUCGGCGUGCGCAAAGCUGAGGGAUUUGGAAACGGGGGAAGAGUUGCACCGGUAUAUUGAGGAGAAUGGAUUGGAAAUUGGGGGGAAUUUGAUGAAUUGUAUGGUGGAUAUGUAUGUCAAGUGUGGGAGAAUGGAUAAGGCACUUGAGCUUGUUGGUAGAGGAAGCUCUGAGAUUGAUAUUGUUUUGGGGACUAUUAUGGUUGGUGGGUAUGUGAAAUUUAAUGAAAUAUGUGCUGCUAGGCGCCUGUUCGAUCAGAUGGCAGAAAAGAACUUGAUUUCAUGGAUGACGAUGAUUUCGGGUUAUGUUCAAGGAGGUUACCAUAAGGAAAGUCUGGAGUUGUUUAGGCAAAUGAGGGAAACAGAUUUGAUCCCAGAUGAUGUUCUUAUGGUCACAGUACUUUCGGCAUGUGUUCACGUGGGAGAUUCCGGGUUAGGCAGAUCCAUUCACGGUCUGGUUGUCAAAUAUGGAAUGAAUGUUGAAGGAUUUCUUGGGAAUGCUCUGAUAGAUUUGUAUGCCAAAUGUGACAGGCUGCCCGAGGCUUGCUUAGUUUUUGAGCAGUUGCCUUGCAAGAGUGUCGUUUCGUGGAAUUCGAUGUUGGAUGCGUUUUGCAGAAGUGGAGAUGUUAGGAAGGCUAGACUCUUCUUCAAUGAGAUCCCUGAGAAGGAUGUGGUCUCGUGGAACACCAUGAUCAACUGCUAUUCUAUGUCUCAUCGAUUCGGGGAAGUGUUUGGGUUGUUCCGUAAGAUGCAGAGUUCAAAUGUACAACCCGACAAUGUCACGUUAGUCAGUGUACUAUCUUCCUGUGCCAGUGUUGCAGCCCUGAAUCAUGGCAUUUGGGUUCAUGUCUACAUAAAAAAGAAACACAUUGAAGUAGAUAACAUGUUGGGAACUGCUCUGAUCGACAUGUAUGGAAAGUGCGGAUGCAUCGAAAAAGCCUACGAGAUAUUCUCAGAGAUGGCUGAAAGAAAUGUGUUUGUGUGGACUGCUAUGAUAGCGGCACAUGCCAUGGAAGGGCAAGCCAUGAAAGCUAUUGAUCUCUACACAAAAAUGGAAGCCCUAUCAAUAAAGCCGGAUCACGUCACUUUCGUAGCUCUUCUAUCUGCUUGUAGCCAUGGAGGCUUAGUCAAUGAAGGAUACAGAUACUUCAACAAGAUGAGUAAUGUCUACAACAUUGUUCCUAAGAUCCAGCACUAUGGUUGUAUGGUUGAUCUCCUAGGUCGCGUCGGGUGCUUAGACGAGGCAGUAAAAUUCAUCGAAAACAUGCCCAUUAAACCAGAUAUCUCUAUUUGGAGUUCCUUGUUGAGAGCAUGUGGAAGCCAUCAGAACGUAACCCUUGCAGAAAAAGCAUUUCAGCAACUCAUAGAAAUAGACCCUCAAAGUGCUUCUGCUUAUGCUCUUCUUUCCAACAUUUAUGAAAAAGCUGGAAGAUUGGAUGACGUGAGCUGGGCAAGAAAGAAGCUACAUGAACUAGGAGUGAGAAAGCAGCCAGGAUGCAGUCUGAUAGAACAGGAUGGAAAUGUACACGCAUUUACAGCUUGGGAUUUUUCAGACCCUCAAUCUGCUGAGAUUUAUGCAAUGCUGGAUGAGAUGAAGUGCUUACUACAAAAGCAGAAGCCGGAAGAAACUUCAGCUUACCACAGUGAAAGACUGGCAGUUGCUUUUGGUCUUAUAAGCAACCCUCCGAGAACUCCAAUUCGAGUAGUGAAUAAUCUGCAGAUAUGCAGAGAUUGCCAUUCAGCUAUGAAACUGAUAUCACAGGCGUAUAACAGAGAGAUUGUAAUCAGAGAUAACUACAGAUUCCAUCGGUUCGUUGACGGAAACUGCACUUGUAAAGAUUGUUGGUGA